GCGGCCAUCUGUGAAGGAAUACGGAGUUAGAAAUGAUCGUAUAACCUAUUUCCUUAUUCUUUGAGCGUUUAUUACUGGGUUUCAAGGAGCUAAACAACACAGUUAACCUGGACAGCGGGACGGUGGAAGCAUGAGGGUCGCAGUGACAAUAUUUUCAGUUUUUGCAUCGGUAGCUGUCAUCAUCGACGCUACUGUAUACUUCAAGGAACAAUUUCAGGAUGGAGAUGCAUGGAAGAGCCGGUGGCUUGUAUCAAAGCACAAGACCGACUAUGGAGAGUGGCAACUGACUGCUGGGAAGUUUUAUGGCGAUGCUGAGGCCGAUAAAGGCCUCCAGACCAGCCAGGAUGCCCGUUUCUAUGCUAUGUCCAGCCGCUUUGAACCCUUCAGCAACGAGGGCAAGCCCCUGGUGGUCCAGUUCACUGUCAAACACGAGCAGAAGAUCGACUGUGGCGGUGGAUAUGUCAAAAUCUUCCCAGCAGACCUAGACCAGGCAGCUAUGCACGGAGACUCGCAGUACUACAUCAUGUUUGGGCCAGACAUCUGUGGCUACAGCACCAAGAAGGUUCACGUCAUCUUUAACUAUAAAGGCAAGAACCACCUCAUCAAGAAAGAAAUCAAAUGCAAGGAUGACGAGCUGACACACCUGUACACUCUGAUCCUGAACCCGGACCAGACAUACGAGGUGAAGAUCAACAAUGAGAAGGUGGAGUCAGGCACUUUGGAGGAGGACUGGGACAUUCUGCCCGCAAAGACCAUCAAGGAUCCUGAGGCCAAGAAGCCAGAGGACUGGGACGACAGACCCAAGAUUGACGAUCCUACAGACACCAAGCCAGAGGGCUGGGAGAAGCCUGAGAACAUCCCUGACCCUGAUGCUAAGAAGCCUGAUGACUGGGAUGUGGACAUGGAUGGAGAGUGGGAGCCUCCUGUGAUCCCCAACCCGGAGUAUCAGGGAGAGUGGAAUCCAAAGCAGAUUGACAACCCCGACUACAAAGGUACCUGGGUGCAUCCUGAGAUUGAUAACCCUGAUUACACAGCCGACACCUCCAUCUACAAGUUUGAAAACAUUGGAGUGCUGGGUCUGGACCUAUGGCAGGUGAAGUCUGGCACUAUCUUUGACAACUUCCUUAUUGGUGAUGAUGUAAAGGAGGCAGAGGUGUUUGGAAAUGAAACCUGGGGAACUACAAAGGAACCAGAAAAGAAAAUGAAAGAUGCACAGGAGGAGGAGGAGAGGAAAGCGAGAGAAGAGGAGGAGAAGAGCAAGAAGGACACUGCUGACGAUGAGGGAGAUGAUGAUGAGGAGGAUGAGUCAAAGGAGGAGGAAGAGGACAGCCCAAUGGAAGAAGGGGAAGAGGAAACUCCCAAGAAAGACAAGGACGAGUUGUAAAUUAAACUGAACAGAAGAUGUUUCUGUCCCGCCCUAUCUUCUCUCCAAUGGACUGACUGCUGUGCAUCAUCACAUUGAGUAAUACCCUAUGGACUUGCCCUUCCUGUGGCAACCUAUUUUUCAGGUGUAGGGGUGGGAAAGGGGCAGGCAAUGUUUGCCUUAAGAGGUUCCAUUUUUUUAAAUUUUUUUUACUAGGUGUUUAGGGUUGAAUAACUGGGUUUAAGUUUUAUGUUUCUGUGAGUGAUUCAUUUAGAAUAUUUUCCCCCUUUGUUCAGAAU